CUGUUUUCUCAGAAUUAUCAGUAAACAGUCCGCCAAGCUUGAGGUGAAAGUUUGUCCCAGUCAGUCUUACGAUUUCCGACUACCUAUUUACAACUCUCGGUCUCUUAUUUCCGGUUCUCCUACCAGUUUUCCGGUAUCUCGUUCAAUUGUCAGUAUUACCGGAAAAAGCGCUUUAGAAUCGUCGGUAAAAAGUUUGCUAAGUUCGAAGGGAAACCUGAUCCCUGGUACCGUCACGGUUUUCUACUUCCGGUUCCAUAAAUCCGGUUUCCUACUUCCGGUUUUCUCCAGUAUGCCCGGAGCUGUUUUGAUUUUCGCUUUAUGCGUGUUCGGCUCCACAUUGGCAGUGGAUCGUACCCUCGAACCGGGGGCCCACGGUCGAGAUGUGGUCGAAACGGUUGUGUAUCGGAUCCACCGUAGCCGUGUGUUUCCGGACGACAGAGACUUUUUCCGGCGUGUGGCCUACACCGAAAGUAACUUCGGCGACGAUCCGAGGACCUACCGCAACGGAUACUACGGAGGCAUCUGGCAGUUCGACCGGCUCAAGACGACGCAGCACGAUGGCCCGUAUGACGUCAUCACCCCGCAGCUCAAAAGCAUCCACGCAGCGAUCAAGCAAAGGAUGGGAAUCGACUGGAUGCAGGUGAAAAAAGAAGAUUUGUUGAAGCCCUUCUACUCAGGCCUUGCCGCUCGCAUCCACAUCGAACAGACGCGGCUCUCCCGCGGUCCGAUCCCGGACGAUAUCCACGGGCAAGACAUUUACUGGAAGGACUGGUACCACACCCACGAGAUGAAGUACGGUGACUACGAAAGACGAGCGUACGAGCUGCUCGAGGAGGACAUGCGCACAGCAGGCGGGAAGCUGGACAUGGUGAUGGUCGUCGACGGCAGCGCGAGUAUCGGACUGUCGAACUUCAGAUCGGCGCUGGCCUCGCUGGCACGCUUGGUCAACAUCUUCGACCUCCAGGAGGCCAACGUCGGCAUGGUCACCUACUCGCACGAGGUGACCAGCAUCAUCCCUUUGGUGAACGAGCUGAACGUGACACAGCUACAGGAGGCCAUUCGACAGACGAGGUAUCCGGCCUAUGAUACGAACACCUACGCGGGGAUGAUGGCGGCCAUUGAUGAGUUCAAAAAACUACCGGGAGCCCGGAAGGAAUUGGGCAUACCACAAUUAAUGGUCGUCUUUACCGAUGGCGAACACAACGUUGAACCUGAUCCGGGCGUUUCGGCCGCAAAAGCUGCCGAAGCAGGUAUCAUUACUUGUAGCUUCGGGAUCGGAAAUUCCAUCCACGAUGACGAGCUCCUCCGAAUCGCGAACAACGAAUCCGAUUUCAAAUUCAACACGAACUCAUACGACACGUUGACAGAGCAGAUAGUCCUCAUCGCCCGGCGAGCCAAGACAGUUCCGCAGACGCCGAAAAUGGGAUCAGAGACCGAAGAAACUCUGAAGGAGAUCGGCGAUAAGAGGUACUACCGACUGGGGGUCCCGGAUAACGGCACGACUGUCAUACUGGUCAACGAGAGGGGUGAGACCCGGGGCUACUGGACCUACUCCAACGAGCGGCCGUCCAGUGCCUUUUACGAUGGGGUCAUGACCGCCGGCGAGACGUUUAUUCCACCCCCACCGCAACGAGUUUCUUCCGGGGAGGUUAGACAACGACGAGAUGCCUUCCAGGAUCCACCGAAGAGAGAUGUCAUGAUUGCGCUUGAGAGUUUUUCGACUGAUAGUAGAGUGAGGAUGAAGAUCGCUGCGGGAGAUGUCACCACGUCCGGGGCUACCAGAGUUGAAAUCACGUGUUUUGUUAUUCUUGUCACGGUUUUCACUUUCACCAUUUCUCUCUUAAAAUAGAUCAAUUUGCUGAGCAUACGUCAUUCUUGGUUUAUUCCUGUCGAUUUUCGAU